CGGGACGUAUCCCACAGUGCUCUAGUGGCCGCUCUACACAGGUAAAGGUACUCUUCUGCUGGCCAGGUAAACAGGAAAAGCCCCGGGAAGUUUGAAAUUCCAUUUCCUGCUUGCACAGCGUGGAGCUCUCAGCAGCAGAGAGAAGAAUGCAGUCUCCUGAAAAUAGGAAAAGAGCUCCAGCAUGGAGCACACAGGAGUUACUCGAUCUGAUAGCUGUAUGGGGAGAAGAGUCAGUGCUUUCAGAACUGCGCUCGAGCAGACGAAAUGAGAAAACCUUUGAAAAAAUUUCUAAUGCCAUGUGGGAGAGGGGACAUACCAGGGACUCGUUACAGUGCGGAGUGAAAGUGAAAGAGCUCAGACAGGCGUAUCAGAAGACCAAAGCAGCAAAGGGCAGGUCAGGCUCUGCCCCCAAAACAUGCCGGUUCUACGACGAGCUUAACGCAAUAUUGGGGAACAGCGCAACGACGAACCCCCCCUUGUCUGUUGAUUCAGAGGUGGGUGUCGUGAUUCCUGCAACUACGGAAGAUUUAUUUGAUGGCGAUGAUCAGUAUGAUGAGGACCAAGAGGAGGAGGCUCCAGCAGAGAGCACAGAGCAUUUUAUCCCCCCAAACAGCCAGGAUCUUUUCCUCACCCUUACUGAGGUUCCCUGCCAGCCAUCUCAAGGCAGUACUCCAGAAAAUGAAGCUGAGGGACCGUCCUCUGCUGCACAUUUCUCCAGCCUCCCUCUCGCUUCUCAUCUACGUGGGGGGGUAUCAUAA